AUGAGGUACCGAGAAACCACUGCAAUGUUUAAUCAGCUCGCAACAAAAUUGUCAAUGGCGGAUGAGAAAGUGUACAACAGGUGGAUGGGAGCAUUGCAGAAAGGGUGCAAGGAGGCAAACAAGGCAUUGUCAAAUACUAUAACUAGCGAGGAUGGGAAUUAUGUACCAACAAGUGGCCUCUCUCUCAAGGAGAAGAGUAAUCCAAGGAAGCACGGCAAGGAACGUUAUGAGUCAAGGAAUGAGAAAGAGCGUCGUCGAAAGACGAUUGUCUAUGGAAAGAGAUUGAAAGCAGUGGAAGUGCUCACGCAGGACACCCAUUUUCAACAUGAUGACCAUCUCACUGACUUGGAAGACGACCUUGCUGAAUUUGGGUGUGGAUAUUAG